GCAGAGUGUGAACUGCUCCAUCGGUGAGAGAUCAUAGCUACGGAAUGUCUUAUAGGUCUUCUUCUUCUUCACGGGCUUCUUGCGCAUGCCUCCACCACCGCCACCAGACGCAUGCCGGACCUGUGGUGUCGCAACCGAUGGCACGAGGAAUUUUGGUAUUGUCGAGGCGACCGUUGGCCUGGCUGGUGUGGACAGGCUGAGCCUUGCCAGAGAGGCAACGCAAUGAUGUGUGGAAGCCAUUGCGAGCUGUAGGACACAAACGGCGACGUCGUGAGCCUCCGCCUCUCUCUGUCGCUGUCGGUUGCGCUGCUUCAGAAAAAAGUUGGACCCCGGCCCGUUGAGGUUCGUUGCCUUGAAUGUUAGGCUCAAACCAAAUGUUCAGACAAGGUCCUGAGAGCUUCGGUUUUCACCGCCUUACCAAAACCGUUGGCGCUCGCGGCAGAAACCCCGCGCUGGGAUGGGUGAAUGUGGGGCUUUUUUGCUGCCCCUCCAAAAUCCCAGACUAUCAUCGGUGACUGUUUUCUCAUCACGUCCCCUAUUCCUAUACUCACCACCCUUACCCACCGUCCACCAUGAAGCUGGAAGAGCUCCAUCCCAUUGAGGCCCUCCUCACGGCCGAUUUCCGCUCAAUCGAGCCUCGUCUUCAGUCCCUCGAUAAGCAUCUCAUCCUCCGCACCUACCUCCAUGGCUACACUCUUAGCGAGCUGGACACCAAGGUCUGGCAGGCCCUCCGCGGCAACCGCGCCGCUUUCUCCUUUAUCAAGCGCGGUAGUCUUGUCAACCUCGCUCGCUGGUUUGAGUUCAUCGAGGUGAUGCACCCUGAGAUCCAGGACGAGAUCAAGGCCAAGGAUGCUGCUGCCAAGGCGAAGGUCGCUGCUGCCAGCAAGGCCGGUGGUUCUUAUGCUCUUAAUCUGCAGAAUACAGACCAGGGCGUUGUUACCAGAUUCUUGCCCGAGCCUUCGGGAUACCUCCAUAUUGGACAUGCCAAGGCAGCUCUUCUCUCCUGGUACUUUGCCCAGCAGUACAAGGGCCAGCUUCGCCUCCGUCUCGAUGACACAAACCCCGACAAAGAGAAGGAGGAAUACCAGGAUGCCAUCAUCGAGGAUCUUGCCAUGAUGGGCAUCAAGUGCGAUACCCUCACCUACACCAGUGACUACUUUGAUUAUCUUUACGAUAUGGCGAUCAAGAUGAUCAAGGAGGGACAUGCCUAUGCCGACGAUACCGACCAGGAAACUAUGCGCAACGAGAGAUGGAACGGCAUCGCUUCCAAGCGCCGCGACACGCCAGUGGAAGAGAACUUGCGCAUCUUCGAGGAGAUGAAGAAGGGUUCCGAGGAAGGCGUCCGCUACUGCCUUCGCGCAAAGCUCUCGGUCGACAAUCCCAACAAGGCCAUGAGAGAUCCUGUGAUCUACCGUUGCAACGUGGACACGCCUCAUCACCGCACCGGCACCAAAUGGAAGAUGUACCCCAUGUACGAUUUCGCUUGCCCUGUUGUCGACAGCUACGAGGGCGUCACCCAUGCCUUGAGGUCCACAGAGUACACCGACCGCAACCCUCAGUACGCCUGGUUCCAGAAGACCCUGCAGAUCCGCAAGGUCCAUAUGUGGGAUUUUGCGCGCAUGAACUUCGUCAAGACUUUCCUCUCCAAGCGCAAGCUUGCCAAGCUCGUCGAUACUGGAAAGGUUUGGGGAUGGGAUGACCCCCGCAUGCCCACCAUUCGUGGUGUCAGGAGAAGAGGAAUGGGCAUCGAGGCUCUGCGCGAAUUCAUUAUUGCUCAGGGACCUAGCCGCAACGUUGUUACCAUGGACUGGACCAAGUUCUGGGCUACCAACAAGAAGCACAUUGAUCCUAUCGCUCCCCGCCACACUGCUCUCCUAAAGAAGGAUAUUGUCAAGGUGCCCGUCACAGGCGCCGAGGCUCCUGCUCAGCCCUUCCAGGAGGACAGACCCAAGCAUCCCAAGAACAAGGAUAUCGGUACCAAGAAGGUGGCGUUUGGUCCCGAGAUUCUGCUUGAUCAAGCCGAUGCCAAGAGCUUCAAGGAAGGCGAGGAGAUCACUCUCAUGGCUUGGGGCAAUGCCUUUGUUCGCAACAUUGCUGAGGGUGAUCCCAUCACCUCGUUGACGUGCGAGCUCAACGUGGCAAAGGGCGAUGUCAAGACGACGGAGAAGAAGGUUACCUGGCUCGCUUCUAGCCAGACUCUUGUGCCUGCCGAGCUUUGGGACUUUGACUACCUUAUCACCAAGGACACGCUGCAGGAGGAAGACAACAUGGAGGACUUCCUGAACCCCACCACCUCUACUAUGGAGGAGGCGUUCUGUGAUGAAGCUACGGCCCAGCUCAAGAAGAACGACAUCAUCCAGCUGGAGAGGCGUGGUUACUACCGUGUGGACAAGGGUCUCGAUGACUGGAAGGAGGGUGAGGAGAAGAGGCUUGUCCUCUUCAACAUCCCGACUGGCAAGACUGGAUCCAAGUAA